AUGAGAAAUUUAAUUGAGAGAAUUAUAAAAAAAAUGGAAAUUCGAAGUAUCUUCAAAAUUUACAAAGCACCAUCGAAAAGUAUCGAUGAUGUUUUACGGCCAAUCUAUAUUCUAAGCAAUAUCUUUGGAUUGCGUGUUUUUGUAUUUCCCCGAGGUCAAUCAAGACCAAUACUUAGUUUCCUUUAUUCUAUGUCACUUUGUUGUCUGUAUUCUGCCGGUCGGUUUCAUUAUGUAGGAUGGAUUAACAAAACUAAUAUGUAUAAAUUAGACGGAACUAUAUUUUAUGUUGUAAUUAUUAUUAAUCAAAUUGUGAUAUUUGUGAUACUUAUGAUGCGAUUAUAUCAGAACGAGGCAAUGAAAUUAUGUACAAAACGGAUAAAUGAGGUCGACAAAACUCUUCAAGCAUUAAACUCAUCUGCAUUAUUCAAUUGCAUUUACAAAACAACGAUUAAGGAAAUAGUAUUCACUAUUAUUUAUUUAUUUCUCUCCUUAUUAAUAAUUAUCUUCGGUAUGGUUAUAAUAGAUCAAUUUAAUUAUAAAUCGGACGUAAUAGUUUACUUCCUCUUACAUAUAUACUCUUUCAUGGUCGAAUUUUUACUGGUCUUCGAAUUCCUUACCUUUGUAAGAUGCAUCAAAUCGGAAUUUCAACGAGCGAACGAACUUCUUGGCGAUGUCAGUGUGCUACCUGUUUCUUCUAUUGCUUCUGAAUUAGUUGAACAUAAGGAAAAUGAUGGUUCUUUUUCUUUAGAACGAACUCUUCCUGUAAAUUCGAGAAAAUUAUUUAUCGUUGCACCGUCAUUAAGACAAACGCAGUCACAAUUACAAAUUGCAAGUCAUAAAAUAAAUAGAAGUAGAAUUUUGUUACGAACUAUCAGACAAAUUCAUCUGGAAUUAUACAAAGUAUCCAAAAAUCUUAGUAAUAUGUACGGUAUACAGAUAUCCCUAGAAAUUGGGAUAUGUGUUUUUCUAAGUACGUACAUGUUAUACUACUUUUAUGUGGAAUCCAAAAAAGAAACAUAUAAUAUUCAAAAAGUGAUUUUCCCAUUUAUGAUAAUGGUUUGGUGUUGUUUCCAAUAUGGGAUGAAGAUUUUUAUCGUCAAUUACAUAUGUAACAAAACAACGAAAGAGGCUGAACAUACUAAUGAAAUUAUUCACACAUUUUAUGGUAACAGUACGGACAUCGAGAUACAAAAAGAGGUAGAAAUAUUUUCUUUGCAAAUGAUGCAAUGUCGUAAUGUAUAUUCCGCAUUUGGUUUAUAUAAUCUUAAUUGCAAACACAUUUGUUCGGUUAGUACAACUAUUUACGAUAAUUGGAUUUGUAUCGGAAUUAUAACGACAUACUUGGUUAUAAUGAUACAAGUAACCGAUGAAAUAAAAGAAGGAUCAUAA